AUGAAUCAUCGUCGUGAACAUACUACUGAACAAGCUGAGGCUGUCAAACGAAUAAGGGCCUGUAGAACGCAUGAUUACUAUGCUAUAUUGGGAAUAAGCAAAGAUGCUACUGAUUCAGAGGUUAAAAAGGCAUAUCGAAAGGAUAUUUUCCAAUCAAUUCAAAAAUUAGCUUUACAAAUGCAUCCUGAUAAAAAUUCUGCUCCUGGUUCUGAUGAGGCAUUUAAAAUGGUUAGCAAAGCCUUCCAAAUACUCAGCGAUCCGCAAAAGCGUGUAAUAUUUGACGAAAAUGGUGCUGACCCCGAUUCACGAAGUAGUGGAAUGCCAUCUGGUUUUAGAAGCUUUAAUAAUGGAUUUGGAAAUGGUGCUGUCUACGCUGAAGAUAUUUCUCCGGAAGAGAUAUUUAAUAUGUUUUUCGGCGGGGAUGCGACCUUUGUUGGUCCAGGAUUCAGUGCACGGAGGUUUCAGCCACGCAGACAAUCACCAAAUGGAGAAGGAGCUCGAGAACAACGCACCUCCCCAUUACUUUCAUUUUUUCAACUUUUACCUCUUAUCCUCCUCUUCUUAUUCUCUUUCUCUUCAAGUUGGUUUUCUCUUGCACCAGAACCAUUGCCAUCAUAUUCCUUUUAUUCAAAUGGUUAUCAUACAGAAAACAGAUUUACUCAUUCACUACAAGUUCCUUAUUUUGUUGAGCCUCAUCAAUUUUCAUCUAUUGAACAAAUUCCAAGAAAAUUACGUACAUUUGAAGAUAAUAUAGAAAUUUCAUAUGUAAAAAAAUUACAAUAUGAUUGUAAUACAGAGUCAGCGAUAAGACAACGCAUGAUAAAUGAUGCUAAGGGGUGGGUAUUUCCUGAUGAAGAGAAAUUAAAAGCUGCGCAAGCUGUAAAAUUACCAAGUUGUGAGAGACUUGUGGAACUUAGUAGAUCGAAAAGGUAUAAAGAAAUUCAACGAUUGGCAAGAAGCUGA